GCGAAUUCCAUGGGCAGCCAGUGCACAAUUCAAUUUCCUCGCCACCGCACAUCACAAGCCCACCAUGCGCGCCUUUCUCCGCCACAGCGCCGUCGCCACCCGUGUGUCCAAGCCGCUGACUACUCGCUCCUUCUCUGCGUCGUGGGACAAGCCCUUCCCAUCCAUCCUUAUCACAAAGGACGGGAUCACCGCGCAAGGCUCGUUCGCAGAAUCUCAAGCCAAGUACUUGAAGCCGGACUUGGCAGCCGUGGGUGAACUCGACACGUUGUUGGCCAAGAAGCAACUCGGCAUCGUCGCGCAUUUCUACAUGGACCCGGAACUCCAAGGUGUCCUCAGCCAGUUGAAGUGGCCGCAUACGCUGAUCGCAGAUUCGCUCGCGAUGGGCGAAGCCGCCGCCGUGAUGGCGAAGAACGGCGCCAAAGCGAUUGCAUGCUUGGGCGUGGACUUCAUGUCGGAAAGCGUGCGUGCAAACUUGGACUCGAACGGAUACCACGACGUUCCCGUGUACCGGUUGUCCAAGAAGAAGAUUGGGUGCAGUUUAGCGGAAUCGGCGGAAAAGCAAGCGUAUCUGGCGUACUUGACCAAUGCGGCCAAGACCCCCAACAGUCUCCAUGUCGUGUACAUCAACACAUCGCUCAAGAGCAAGGCGUGGGCGCACCACAUCAUCCCCACGAUCACAUGCACGUCGUCGAACGUGGUGCAGACCAUCUUGCAAGCGGCGGCGCAAGUGCCGGACGUGUCCAUCUUCUACGGCCCCGACACGUACAUGGGUGAGAACCUCGAGCAAAUGUUCCAGAACAUCGCCACGUUGCCCGACGAUCAGAUCCGCAAAAUCCAUCCUGCCCACACCCAAGCCACGAUCAAGUCGCUCCUAUCGCGAUUCGACUACUUCAAGGAAGGCAACUGCGUGGUGCAUCACAUGUUUGGCGACAAAGUCACCAAGCGCGUCCGAUCAGACUAUGCCGACGUGUACACGACGGCCCAUUUCGAAGUGCCGGGCGAAAUGUUCACGUUGGCGAUGGAAGCACAGAAUGACGGCCGCGGCGUUGUCGGGUCGACCUCGAACAUCCUCAAUUUCAUCAAGGACAAGACGGCGGCGGCGCUUGAUGCUGGCUCGAACGAACGCCUUCGCUUCAUUCUUGGCACAGAGGUGUGUGCAUACAGUACUCGACGUGUAGCUCGUUUCAACUAUCGUGGCUCAUGUCGGGAUAUGUGCCUAGGCUGGCAUGAUUACAUCGAUUGCCACGAGCGUCCAAGCCGCGUUGGCAAAGGGCACGUCGUCCGCGACCACGCCCCAAGUGGAAAUCAUCUUCCCCGUCGCGGCAGAUGCGAUUGCCACCGAAGGCGACAACGUGGUCCCGGGUGUCCAAGGCGGCGAAGGCUGUUCGUCCGCCGGGGGAUGCGCCACGUGUCCGUUUAUGAAGAUGAACGACCUGGACGCACUGUUUGACGUGGCAGAAGGCGUCGAUUUGUCCACGGUAUGUUGUGUAGACAGACACUUGUCUAGCGUGUGGGACUGAUGGACACGCUGUAUGGUAUGGCUAGGACACGGACCCGCUGGCGGCACACCAUCCCCAAUCAUACAGUGAACGCAUCAACAACAAGAGCAUUUCCGAGAUUGGCGUCGUCCCGAUCUUGCACAUGCGCGCGUACAUGCACGGCAAGAAGCUGUCGGACCAACUCGUGCAGGAUGUGGCCACGCGCACGCCCCUCGCCGGCUGUCCCGAGGCCCGUUCAACCUAGAGCCUCAUGAAGAAUAGAGACAUAUCUAAUGAAUAGACUUUUUUGAAACGGCA